UCUAGGAUACAGACCAACAUCGUAUUCACACACAGCGGGGAUCGACAGCAGCAACGCACCCCGCUGGUCCAGCCGCUGCGAAUGGCGCCCGUUUUCUAUACCUUAGCAAUUAGAAGGCUGAACAGUCACAGGAGGGUGACCUCCAAAGAGGAAUAAAUAUAUUUUCUUUAAUUGAGGGAAAAAUCAAGCGGGAAGAUUGCGUGCUGGUCCGGAUUUGGAGAUCUGAAUCGGGCGGUUCAUAAUAAAGUUGUGUUGAGGGGUGUGCGAGAAGAAGGUGAGAGAGAGAGAAUGUGAGGGUUAAGAGGACAGUCUGUGAUCGUGACUAAGUGUCUGCGACCCACCGCCAUGUAAUCCCACCCCCAUUGCCAACAACCAUGAAGGACGGAGGAGAAUCCAAAGACCAGCAGCUGACCGUGGCCCUUCGGAUUCGGCCCAUCAAUGAGGCAGAAGUGGAGGAAGGUGCCUCAAUCAUUGCUCACAAAGUUGAUGAGCAGAUGGUGGUACUGAUGGAUCCAAUGGAAGAUCCUGAUGACAUACUGCGAGCCAACCGCUCUCGAGAGAAAUCAUACAUGUUUGAUGUGGCCUUCAAUUAUACUGCAACACAGGAUGAUGUGUACCGUUCAACCACCAAGGAUCUGAUUGAAGGCAUUAUUUCCGGGUACAAUGCUACAGUAUUUGCUUAUGGACCAACAGGUGCUGGGAAAACGUACACAAUGUUAGGAACAGAUAAUGAACCUGGUAUAUAUGUACGAACACUCAACGAUUUGUUCAAGUCCAUUGAAGAAACAAGUGAUGAUAUGGAAUACACUGUCUCCAUGUCUUACCUGGAGAUUUAUAAUGAGAUGAUCCGGGAUUUACUGAAUCCGUUAUCUGGCUUCUUAGAUCUACGAGAGGACUCAAAGGGUGGAAUCCAAAUUGCAGGAAUCACUGAAGUGUCAACUAUUAAUGCCAAAGAGAUAAUGCAACUUUUGAUGAAAGGGAACAAGCAGAGAACACAGGAACCCACAGCAGCCAACAAAACCUCCUCUCGAUCUCAUGCUGUCCUCCAGGUGACAGUUAGACAGAAAAGUCGCAUCAAGAACAUUUUGCAGGAGGUACGAAUUGGACGCCUGUUCAUGAUUGAUCUUGCGGGUUCUGAGAGAGCUUCACAGACACAGAACCGUGGAAAGCGAAUGAAGGAAGGAGCACACAUCAACCGUUCACUGUUGGCACUUGGAAACUGCAUCAAUGCAUUGAGCGAGAAGGGAGGGAACAAGUACGUCAAUUACCGAGACAGCAAGCUAACACGGUUGCUGAAGGAUUCCCUGGGUGGGAACAGCAGGACUGUAAUGAUCGCACACAUCAGUCCAGCCAGCAGCUCCUUUGAAGAGUCACGAAAUACUCUCACUUACGCAGACCGUGCCAAAAACAUUAAGACCAGAGUCAAGCGCAAUUUGAUGAAUGUGUCCUACCACAUUGCUCAGUAUACCAAUAUCAUCUCUGACCUGCGCAGUGAAAUCCAUCGUCUGAAGAAGAAGAUAGACGCACAAAGAAUACAACAAAAUAAAAAUGAUAAAGCUGACAUACGCAAUGUUCAAGCUGAAGUUCAGUUUCAUUCAUCUCGGUAUGAUAGACGGGAGAUGGAGAGGCUCCGUGAGCAUUUAAUCACUGCCUUUCGGGAACAGAUGGAAAUUCGGCGCAAUCUGUUGGAACUGGACAGCAAUAACAUGCAAAUUCAAGUUGAUACAUCCAGGCACCUACUAACUAUUGCAGACUGGGUACAGGAAAAGGCAAGAAGAGCCAGAAAAUGGAGAGAAGAGAAUCGAAAGGAGGUGUACAACAAGGAAGAUAGUGAGAAGGAUUCAGACACAGGAGAUGACCAGUCUGAUGUCAUGGAACCAACAGAGGUAGCUGUAGCCCGAGAGAAUAUUGCUGCACUUGUGGCUGAGCAGAAGAAAUUGAAGUGGCAUAAGAUCGAAUUGGAGAAGCAAUUUGCUGAUAUCCGUUCCCGAGCUCAUAAAUUGGAGGAGCUCCUUCCCAAGCGGAUCAGCAGUGAGCAACAGCGAGAGGUCUUGAGUCUACUCUGUAAGGUACAUGAACUGGAAAUUGAGAACACAGAAAUGCAGUCCAUCGCGUUACUCAAGGACAACGUCAUUCGCCAGACGGACUACGUCAUCCAGCGCUUUGAGCAACACAGGCAGUUGUGUGCGGAAAUUAUUCAACAGCAGCGGCAAAUUAUAGAUGAUCACAGCUUGCUGGUUCCUUCACAGCUGGAUGAGUUGUAUGAAAUUUACCUGCGAGAGUUAGAGGAGGGUAACCUAGACCGGAUCGUAGCCAUGCACACUGUCACAACAAGAACCUUGAAGGAUGGCUCAGUCAUUAAUGUGGCCCAGAAGCUCAAGGUGGGGGAACUGGUCCAGGAUGUGGACUCUGAUCAGGAGAGUGUGAGAACUGUGGGAUCUGAGAAGCUUUAUCCUUGGCGAAAGAAUUACAAAGAUGCACUACCAUCUCUGGUUCCAGAGUCAGAGAGUGACAAUAACCGGGUUUUUAAAACCAGCCCACUUGCUCAGCAGAGAAAGAAUUCAACUGUGAUGACCCCUCCUCCAAUCCAUGUGAAUGGAUUGCUUAACCAAGAGAUGCAUCAGCAGGAGAGCUUGGUGAGCUUCAGUGGAAUGAGCAGUGCCAGCAGCCAUUUAAACUCAUCGCCCGACAGCAGUGAGAACUUUGCUGACAAUCAGCAUACCCAGACAGAGUUCUUAAAAGAACGCAAGCAGAUGUUGACAGGCACCAAGAACAUCGCAGUAAAGGCAGCAAGACGGCGCUCAAAAGUGCUGGAAAAAGACAACCGGCUACUUGUUCUGGAACCUAUGAAGGAGAAAACAAGUAUUUCACUGCACUCAAUGAGUGAAACUGAAGAAUCAUGCUAUAGAGUCAUUCCCCGGCCAUCAGUAACGCUGUAUAGGCACCAGCCUGGUCAAAUCAUAAAGCACGCAGCAAGUGAGGACAAUCUAUCCAGCAGCACAGGUGAAAUUGUCAACCACAUACAGCACCAUCAGGAAGAUUCCCCCAAGACUUGGUCUCAAUCCUCCAAAAAGGAAAACAAAAAGACAAGUAAAAGAGAGGAAAUAGUGGACGCCAAAAGGAAGAAAAGAAGGUCAAGAUCUUUUGAGGUCAACGGUCAAGGGUUACCAAAUCUUAAGAAUAUUCCAUCUCGAUUCCAGCCAUUAGAGAGUAUUUCAGAUAAUAGAUUUAACGUCAAUGGCCAGUCUCAGUUACGGUCACAUGGAAAAUCAAUACACGUGCCUGGGAAGGUGAAAUUCCCAAUCAGCCAUUAUGCAGGUGAGAGUGACCUUCAGAUGUUGGAGGUGGUUAGUACACCACCCAGCACCAUCUACCAGAGAAACUGUAAUGGGAGAGGGCAGGCUGUACAGAAGAAGAUCAGAGGUCCAAAUAACACAGCACCAGAUGUGGCUAGCUCAACCUCUGUGUUCCAUCAACCUGGAAACUUCAAGAAGCAGGUUAAACGUAACCCUCAGCCACAUUUUAAUUAUACAGUGACAAAUGGAAAGAAUGACGUCAGAUCUAAGAAAAACUGAUGGAGUGAAAGAUAAGAUUUGAAAACUUAGAUGAAGAUUGCACUUUCAUGGUGAAAGAAUGGAAAGGAAAUGAAACAAAUCUUUGGUGGAUAGAUGAAUGGAUAAGAUAGACAAUACCAAAAAGGAAACAAAAACAGUGCAAAACAUUGCUAAUGUUGCAGAGACCUGAGUUUUUUUACCAUUAUCAUAUCAUGUUAAUCUAAAUCAGUAAAUAGAAUUGUUUUUGUUAUAAAUGUAUUUUGAGAAAAGUGAUUGUUCUGUGUUUUGCUUUUAUUCAAAAUAAGUUAAGGAUUCCAGGCUUUGCAAUGUUUGUCGUUUACCUAGUUUAAAAGGAGGCAUCGUGCCAAACGCUUACAGCUAUUCGACUUAAACAGUUCUCUCUGGAUGUUAUUACUACUUUGUCCCCAGUUUUGGAUUAUGCUUUUAUUCUAAGAAAUCAUGAUGCAAACGCUUCUUUAUUCUGUGGUAAUAUAGUUGUUUAUAAUCUGGUCAAGAUAUGCAUAGACUUAAAACUUAAAGCACAGAGUGAACUAAAUAUUUCUUUUUUUUAAACAUUGUCUUUGAUUACUGUUCAUGAAUGUUUUCUUUUAAAACGAGAACCCAGUGGCAUACCUAAAUCUCACUACAUUUUGGUAAAGGACUCAGACCAGAUAACAAAUAGGUUCAAGAAUAUUUACUGUAUUUUGUAUAAAAAUCAUAAGCAAAUUAAUUGUUUUCCUCAGCAGCAUGUACAUGUCACUUGUGCAUCGGACACAUUAGGUGUUGACUGAUGAUAAAUGAGUAUUUAUCCUUUAGGCACAUUUUGGAUCAGGUAUGUAGCAAUUCAUUUCAAAUCAUUAUGUGAUUCUGAAGAUAUUAGCAUACCUGUUAAGCAGUUUAAUUAUUUACUUCCUGCAGUUAUCAUAAAUCUUUAAUUAGCUGGGACAAUGUGAUCACCUUGGUCACUAAAUCAUGAAACUUAUUGGCAAUUUUGCUCAGUUUUAGUCAGUUGCAAAAGUCUAGAUAAGUGCAGAAAGUCAGCCUGUGCCAUUUUUGGUUUCUGUUUGAUCACCACAUUGGAUAGCAAUUCACUCGUCUAAUUCAGGUAAAGAAGUACGAACAACGGGCUCCAUUUCACAAUCUAUGGAAUUCAUAAUUAAGGGUAAAGAAAUAAUAAUUGGUUGCUGCAUGUCUUUAUUAGUGUAUAGAACUACAAAAUUCUAUUGUCAACGACACCCAAGGUGUUAUUUGCAACUAGUAUGUUUAAUGAGUUCAAGAGCCUUUCUACCAUUGACUCUACUAUUGCAGAGAGAAUAGCAAGCCCAACACUCUGGGAGAGCACAAGACAUUGGGGGAGAAAUUGGGAAACCAUAAGAAUCACGUUCUCAGUAAGAGGAGUGUUAUAAUUUGUCACAGAGGUAUGUGUUUAGAUCAAGACGUGAUAAUGGUGGAUUCUUCACUGUGAAUGGCAGACACUCCAUUUGCAGCUACAUGAGGGCCCACACCAAUGUGAGUGAUUUUUUUUGCAGGUGGCAUCACAAGGUGCAUGUAAGAAGCAAAAACAGCCUGAAUAAAAACAAUGUACAUUGUAGAUUAGACACUAUUGCUCAUAUUUAGUAACUCCUUGCAUCGUACACAAAGAGGUCCUUGAAGUAUUUUCAUAAACAUCCUUACAGACAUGGUAAGCACCCAAUCAUGUUCAGUGAAAGUCUUUUAUUAAAAUUCUAUCAUAUGGUGUAUGUAAAAUUGCACCCUGCUGUAGAAUUCACGAAAGGAGCUGGACUGUUGAUUUUUCUGAGCUCCUGGAUACCUGCGCUUAAGUUUUCUUAUUUUCCAUGAAGCAAUUCAAACAAAGCAGUUGAAAUUUGACUAAAUAUUAAAUAAAAACAUAAGGGAGAGUCGCACAACUACUCCAUCUUGAAAAUGUAAUUUUUUAAAAUGUAUCUCCCAUAAAUUCUAAUGUAUAGGUUUCUAUCUUUCAGAUUUAAAAUAAACUAGGCCCAGAUAGAGAUAUUAUACUUGAACGUAAAGAGUUAAUUGUGCCAUUUAUGUAAAUUUCUACUGAGAUUACUAUUCAUGUUUGCAGUAAGAAGAGUAAUUUGCCUUAGUAAAGUAAAUUAAGUGAUUUGAAAGGACUUUAACCAGCAAAAGCACACUGAGACAGCUGAGACCUUGUAGCAAUUUUGAACCUUGUCCUAACUGGUCAUUUUGCAGGGUAUCACUAGCUAAUUGAUAGAAGGAUUCAUUUCACAGAAAAUGUCAACUGAACAACAAGUAUAUUGUCUUUUAUGUCAAAAUAGCAUGGUUGGAUGUAGAAUUUUGUUGCCUGCUGUUGACGUCGUCUGAAUCUCAAACAGUGAGAUCCACAUUGUUCUGUAAUAUCCAGAUCAGAGGAGCAGCUGGAAUGAAUACAACAGUUUUUUAAAAGAAUAAUUACAUUGUCCUUUUUGAGGCCUGUGGUCAGUUGGUCUGACCAUUGUGUCAAGAACACAAAAAUAAGAAACAUUUUGAAAGGUAAUAAAUUUUUGACUUCCUAAAGGCAUUCUGCAGUCAAAAGAGACAAUCUAUGUCAUUACAAUGUCAAUAAUACAUUCUCCAUCAAAAUAUUCCUAUUGCUCCUUAGUAUUAUAAAUAGUAUGACAGGUUAGGCAUUCUGUAGCAUUUCCUCUUCCAGAGCACUGAUUAUUUCUAUUUUGCCCAAGCCAAAUGAUACAUGAUACCUUUUCAUGUAUCAUGUGUAUCCAAUAACGGAUACUUCUUGUGAAUGAUGGAGCAGUUUAUUAUUUGAUAUGUUUUAAAUUGGAUCAUUGACAAAUUCUUGAAUAACCUGGACGUAUGUACUUGAUAUGCUUUCACAUGUUCCCCAUUGAGCAAUGGGAGCCAAAAUUCUACAAGAUAAUCUAUCAGAAAAAUUAUUAUGCUGAACAUAUCUUGUCACUGAAAAAGAUCUCACAAAAACGAUAAUACAUUUCUGGUGCUUUGCCAAUUUCCAUUUACUAGUCCAUUAGGAAACAUUUCAGUAUAAUACACAAGGUUACCCAAGGCUGUUGUUUGAAACAAUCCAGUCAAAAGGUUUUUGUUUUAUAUGGUUACAAUGCUAACGGAAGCAAAUUCUUUGUCAGAAAGGUUCUUGGAAUGAAAGCCACUGUGGUCUCAUGUAUUAACAUUUUUGAUUUGGAUGUAGGAUUAUCGUGAAUAUUUUAACUGUUUUACCAAAUUUGUCACUAUGGUGGUUUUACCCACCUGACUUUGAUGACUAUGCCCUUGUGUGCCUACUGUAAUAAUGUUUUAGUAGCACAUGAUAAUCUUUGUAGAAAAUGCCAUGCAAUACAGGUACUUUACAGAUAUUUAUUUAACAAGCAUCUACCUAUAUUUACUAUUCAAGAAAAUAAAGCACUCAAAAUAAUCAAAAGAUGCUUGCAUGUGCUGCUUCUUCUAGAUGUUUGCAUUUGCUGUUAUUUAUUACCUAGUUAUAUAUACAACAAACUUAUUAACUUCCUCUUAAUUAACUUCAGCAGCUUGAAAAAUUCAUAGAUAUAAAUAUUUACGGAGAUUU